AUGCCUCACAGCGUGAGAGAACAGACGGGAACCGAGGACCUCCAUCGACGUGACGAUCAACUGAAUCCUCCCAAGUCGGCCCCAGCCGAGAAUGCCACCCCGCAGCAGUCACCAAUGCUGAAAGCCUGGAGCGACGAACUUGACCCCAGGAAUCUCACCAUCAACGAAGCUCUCCUCCUGAGCGGCCUGACCAGCGGUCGUACCGGGGUCCAAGAUGCACGUGCUGGUGAUCAGGGCGCCGAUGUUGCGCGGCGGUCGGAGUAG